GCAACUUCUUAGCGCUAUAAAGAUUUAGCUCGCCAGAUCACCAACCGUUUUCAAGACUCCAAUUCUUCCAACGACUUGAACAAGCAAGAUGUUCGGUUUUGGCGAAGCCAAGCAGGCCCGCGACGAGGUCUACGACGGCCAGCCGCGCGAGGGCAAGUUCUCGCACGAGCUGGUCGGCGGCGCGGCCGCCUUCGAGGCGAUGCACCUGUGGGAGAACCAACAACGCUCCUCGGGCCAGACGGUCAGCCACUCGCUGGCCAAGGAGCUGCUCGCGGGGAUCGCGGGGGCCGAAGUCGACAAGCUAGCCGAGACGAAGGGGCUCAGCUUCCUCGACAAGGAGAAGGCCAAGCACCACGCCAAGAAGCAGGCCGAGAAGCUGUACGACGACCAGUAUGGUGAUAUGGAUCAGUAUAACCCGAAUGCGAGGCAGGCCCAUCAGGAUAUGAGGUACUAGAGAGUGGGGUUUGGUCUCUGGAAGGAGCAACACCGUCUCUUGUCGUCCGUCGAUUCGACAGUUAUGGAGGGACACUCGUGUAGCAAGGUAGCCAGCCAGCCAGCCAGCCAGCC